GUUAAUGCUGAAUAUGCUUAUUGGUAACGAAAAAAUUCUGUCCGUAUUGAGGACUCAGUUGCUCCUUGAUUUCUCGCUCCUUGUCCUAAUAUAUCCGUUUUUUGCCAACUGCUCACAAGCACUCAUCAACGUCGCGUUCAGCAAGGGCGACGACGGCUGGCGCCUGAUCUGGAUCGAAUCUCGACUACGCCUCAUUGAAUCCGCCGAGAAUAUGUCAUACCAUACCCCCGGGUUCCGUCAAACGCACAAUUGGUUCCCCAAGGAAAUCUAUUUCACCGCGACCACCAAGGAAGUUCGGGCAUAUCACGAAAAGAAUCAUGAUUUUCGUACCCUCUCCGCCGACACUGACAUGACUGAAGAGUGGAUGCGCAACCUCCAGCUUGACGACGACUACAUAAAUGGACCCGAGCUGAAGCCUGGACUGAAUACGGAAGAGAACGCUGAGAGAAACGGAAGCCGGAUCAAUACCGAUAUGGACAGCGGGAACAAUCAUUCCAAACCCGUCGUUGGCGACCUCAAAUUCCCUGAGCCAGAGAAUGCGAUGGAUGACGCCAGCAGCGGAUCCGUAUCAGCACAGAAUACAGCAGAUGCCCGUGUAACCCAGGACUUGAGCGUCCAAGUUGGCGACCUGCAAGUACAAGUCAAGAACCUUCAGAGGCACAUCACGGCGCAGCUUGAGCAGCACGCAAUUCAGCAAGAGAAGCAAGCAAUGCAGCAUCAGCAACAUAUAUCACAACAAGAACAGGCACAGAGGCAGCUCCAAGACCAGCUUCAGCAACGCAAGGACCUGUUACUGCAGCGUCUCGCAGCUUAGGCGUCGUAUUCGUAAACAAAUUAUUAAAAUGAG